GACAAGAUUGUUUGCAUCAUGGUCGGCCUUCCUGCGCGCGGCAAAUCAUACAUAUCGCGCCGGCUCGCACCCUAUGUCUCUUUCUUUUACGGCGCGCCGGCCAAGGUGUUCAACGUGGGAGAUUACCGGCGGAAGAUCGCGCGAACCACUUCGAUGGCCGACUUCUUCGACAGCAGCAACCAGGCGGCGAUGAAGGCGAGGGCGCAGGCGUGCGAGGAGGCGCUCACCGACCUGAAGAGGUGGAUCGGAGAGACGCCGUCGCAACAGCAGCGGCUCGACCAAAAGCUUCAUCAGAGCGGCGACUUUGGUUCGCUGGCCAUCUUCGACGCGACCAACUCGACGCAGAGCCGUCGCGCCUGGCUCGUGGAGCAGCUGAAGGACACGGGCGCAAAGGUGAUCUUCAUCGAGUCGGUCUGCCGCGACGAGAGGCUCGUGCAGCAGACCAUCCUGCACGCCAAGGAGAGCGUUGGGAAUCACGACUACGAGGGUGUCGACCCGGCCGUCGCCAUCGCCGACUUCGAGGCGCGGAUACGGCACUACGAGCAGUGGGUCGACGCGAAGGUCUCUCUCGCCGCCGACGGCUCCCCCGUCCCGUGCCGUCUCUGGACCUCGUCGCUUCUGCGCACGCGCCGCACCGCGCGGCACAUCUCCACGCCGGUCGCCUUCCGCAACCUCGACGAGCUCUACGCGGGCCUGUGCGACGGGAUGACCUACGAGGAGAUCGCAGACAACUACCCGGACGAGGCGGAGGCGCGCGGGGCAGACAAGUUCCAGUACCGGUACCCUCGCGGCGAGUCGUACACCGACCUAAUCGCCCGCCUCGAGCCGCUUGCCCACGAGCUCGAGCGCUCCCGCGAGCCCGUUGUGAUCGUGGCCCACCAGGCAAUCCACCGCGUGCUCUUCGCCUAUUUCAUGGGGAUGCCGCGCGAGGAGUGCAUCCACGUCUCCAUCCCGCUCAACACGGUCAUCAAAAUCACUCCGACGUCGAACGGCUGCGAGGAG